UAUAAACAGAAAGUGGUAGCACAUGACACAUAAUACAACUUUCUUUCUUUUCCAUGGCUCUACUAGUCAUCUACUUGUCAUAUAUUUUCUCCUUUGUCCUCUUAGCCCUUAUUCUACAAAAAGUAGAAAAGAAGUUCAAGAACACAGACUCAACUUUUAACCUCCCUAAAGGGCCUAUAAAGCUACCUAUUAUAGGAAAUUUACACAAUCUGUUAAGUUCUCAACCACAUAAAAAACUAAGAGAUUUGGCUAGAAAAUAUGGACCCUUGAUGCAUCUUCAACUUGGAGAGAUUUCCAUGAUUGUAAUUUCAUCACCUGAUUGUGCUAGGGAGGUGAUGAAAACUCAUGAUAUUAACUUUGCAAUAAGGCCUAAAGUCCUAGCUUCAGAUUUAAUUUCUUAUAAUUCCACAGGCAUAAUUUCAUCUCCUUAUGGUAAUUAUUGGAGACAGCUAAGAAAAAUUUGUGCCUCGGAGCUUUUGAGCCUAAAACGCGUCAACUCAUACCAGCCAAUUAGAGAAGAAGAGUUCUCCAAUCUUGUCAAAUGGAUAACUUCAAAGAAAGGAUCAUCCAUCAACCUCACUCAAGCUGUACUUUCUUCAAUAUACACUAUUCUUUCAAAAUCUGCAUUUGGCAAGAAGUGCAACGACCAAGACAAAUUUAUAUCAGCAGUAAAAGAGUUAAUAAAGAUUGCAGCAGGUUUUGACUUAGAAGACUUGUUUCCUUCGAUUACUUGGCUGCAUUAUUUCACUGGUUUAAGGCCUACCCUUGAGAGGGUGCAUCGACAGGUUGAUCAGAUAAUGGAAAACAUCAUCAGUGAGCACAAGGAGGCCAAGUCAAAAGCCAACUAUGACCAAGGUGAAUCAGAUGAAGAUAUAGUAGAUGUUCUCAUAAAAUACGAAGACGGAAACAACAAAGAAUUUUUUUUAACUAAAGACAAUAUCAAGGCCAUAAUCCUGGACAUUUUUGGUGCUGGAGGUGAGACAUCAGCAAGCACCAUAGAUUGGGCAAUGGUAGAAAUGAUAAGGGAUCCAAGAAUAAUGAAGAAAGUGCAAGAUGAGGUGAGAGAGGUUUUCAAAAUGAAAGGAAGGGUUGAUGAAAAUUGCAUCAACGAGCUCCAUUAUUUGAAAUCAAUCGUCAAAGAAACCUUGAGGUUACACACUCCGGUGCCUCUUUUGCUACCAAGAGAGUGUGGUCAAGCAUGUGAGAUACAUGGUUAUCACAUACCAUUUAAGACUAAGGUGGUCGUCAAUGCAUGGGCAAUCGCGAGAGAUCCAAACUACUGGACUGAACCAGAGAAAUUUUAUCCAGAGAGAUUCAUGGGAAACACUAUUGACUAUAAAGGGAGUGAUUUUGAGUACAUUCCUUUUGGUGCGGGACGAAGAAUAUGCCCAGGAAGCAUAUUUGGUUUGAGAAAUGUUGAGUUGACCCUUGCAACAUUGUUGUUUUAUUUUGAUUGGAAGCUUCCGAGUGGAAUUAGAAGUGAAGAAUUGGAUAUGACCGAGGAAUUUGGAGUCGCAGUGAGAAGAAAAGAUGAUCUUUUAUUGUUGCCUUUUGUUUGUCAUCCUUUGCCUGUCAUGUGAGCUUAACUAGAAGAUACUGUUAGUAGACCUCCUAUUGAUAAUGUGUAUGUUAAACGCAUGCCCGAGUUCAUGUAAUUGUGUGUUUAAAUCGAAUAAG